GUGUUUGUGUGUUUGAAGGGGAGGAGAUCUGCACGUGUGCAUAUAAAAAUGCAAGGAUUUGAGGACCCUUCUCGCCGAGCACAUCAGACCACAUCAGUUGAGCAUUUGGCUUGAGCUGUUAUUUGGACCUUCUGUAUAGCUCCACCAUGGUGCGCAAAGUGGCAGUGAUCGGCGCAGGCCCGUCGGGGCUGGGGGCAAUCAAGGCUUGCCUGGAGGAAGACUUGCAGCCGACCUGCUUUGAGAGCAGCGACGACCUUGGAGGUUUAUGGAAAUUCAAGGAGGUUUCGGAGCCCAACCGUGCCAGCAUCUACCGCUCCCUCACCAUCAACAUCUCCAAGGAGAUGAUGUGCUACAGCGACUUCCCCAUCCCGGCCGACUUCCCCAACUACAUGCACCACUCCAAAAUCCUCAACUACUUCCGCAUGUACGCCGAUCACUUCAAACUGCUGCAGCACAUCCGCUUCCAGACUUUGGUGAAGAGUGUCAAACCCAGGCCGGAUUACGCCCGCACGGGCAAUUGGGAGGUGGUGACGGAGAAGCGGGAUGGGAAAGAGGAGACUCAUGUGUUCGACGCUGUCAUCUGUUGCUCGGGGCACUACACUUACCCUAACCUGCCUCUGCGGGACUUCCCGGGCUUGGACACAUUCCAGGGCCGCUACUUCCAUAGCUGGGACUACAAGGGUCCCGAAGACAUGCACGGCAAGCGCUUGGUGGUCAUAGGCAUCGGCAACUCAGGCAGCGACAUCGCCACGGAGAGCAGCAAAUUCGCCGAGCAGGUGUACAUGAGCACUCGGCGUGGAGCUUGGGUGAUCCGCCAAGUGUCGGACGAUGGCCUGCCGGUAGACAUGAAGUACAGCACGCGCUUCGUGCACAUCCUGUUCCAACUCUUCCCCAUCAACUUCUUCAACUGGUUCGGCGAGAAGAAGCUCAACGCCAUGUACGACCACACCAUGUACGCCCUCAAGCCCAAACACAGGCUUUUCAGUCAGAUCCCCGUGAUCAACGACGACCUGCCCUUCAAGAUCCUGUCAGGCUCGGUGAUCAUCAAACCCAACGUGAAGGAAAUUCGCGGCUCGUCCGUGAUCUUUGAGGAUGGCAGCGUCGCAGAGAAGGUGGAUACCAUUGUGUUCGCUACGGGAUACAACUACGACUUCCCGUACUUGCCCGCCAACACUCUGUACAAGUCGGGUCACAGGGUGGGUCUCUACAAGCACGUGUUCCCUCCCAACAUGGUGCAUCACACCUUGGCCGUGGUGGGCUUCAUCCACGCCCUCGGAGCCAUCAUGCCGCAGGCUGAGAUGCAGGCGCGCUGGGCCGUGCGGGUCUUGAAAGGGCAUAAGAAGCUGCCCUCAAGCCAGGCCAUGGUGAAGGCUGUCGAGAAGGACACCAAAAAUAUGGAGAAUAGCUACAUCAUGUCCAGGCAGGCGCCACUGCAGGUGGACUUUGUGACUUACAUGGACGACCUGGCAGAUGAAAUAGGGGCCAGGCCCAGCCUACUCUGGCUCCUCUUCACCGACUACCCGCUGUUCAAGGAGGUCCUGUGGGGGCCCGUCACCGCCUACCAGUACCGCCUGACUGGGCCCAACAAGUGGGACGGCGCCCGGCGGGCCAUCCUCACCCAGUUCGAGCGAUUGUACCAACCCUUGAAGACCAGGAAGGUGCAAGAAGCGAACGCGGCGAGCUCGGGCGGCCUGUUCAAACUGAGCCUGGCGCUGGUGGCUGGAGGGGCGGCGGUCUACUACGUGCACGUUCGAGAGCCCGAUCUCUUGCCCAGCCUCAUGUCCAAACUUUUGCCCCAAAAAAUGUGAAACCUUUUCAGUCCGCUAUCUGAAUGAUAAUAAUCAAAACCGAAAUAGCAUCUAUGCCGCGAUGUUUUAAAACUAUCAGUUUAAAAAUUAAUAAAAUAAUAAUUAUUAUUAUAUCAUUA